CAACCAAAGAAACAUACCAUGGGAAAGCUCAGCGAUAGCGGCGACUCCCUUUCUGGCGCAAUCCUCCAGGUGCACGGGGUCGAGAGAGAUGCCACUAGUCGGGAGAUGCACAUCCUGUUCAGUGGCUGCGUGGGCUACAUCAGUGCCUCCCUUUCUGAGGAGGGCUCAGCGAAGAUUGGUGUCGUGCAGUUCGACUCUGCCGAGUCCGCCUUCCAG